CUGUGCUUGAACGUAAUAUAUUUUUAGUCUGGACGGCUAGCUAGUCAUCGCAACAACAAAUUUUGCACUGGUUGUGUGCGAGUUUGAAACCUGUGGCUUGAAGACCUGAACCCAAUCGUUCCGCAAUCAACGCGAAAGCUACAACACGGCUGCGACAGUUAUCCUAACAGUGUUAGGUGCCAUGUGGGACAUAUGUUCAUUGGUAUCUUUGCGCUUUCUUGAAUAGUUGGUGAUGCGUAGAACCGAUUAGUAAAUAUGCGAUCAGCUACUCGAUAUGCAUCCCGCAAGGUCUCGGCUGGCUUGCCGAUCUACACGCUUGUUCUGUUAGUCGGCCUGGUCUUGGCAGUCAUCGUGAUGAUGUGGUCAUUACACGCGGUGCACCAUACUGAGAUAUAUCUGCACCCGCGGCGACUUGAAGAGGGAGAAGAUAUCGCCACCUAUGAUCCUAAGCCAACAACGGACGCGGCGGACAACUUGCCGAAAAACACUGUCGCUAGCACAACCACCGGCAGCAGCAGCACAAGCACGGCUGGAAGCGGACCUGAUCAGUGUCAUGUGGACGAACACAAUGAAUACCAUGGGGACGUGCUAAUAUGGGGCGACAAGAACAUUAAGGCGAGCGCCUGGGAGUGCUGCGAAUCUUGCACCUCCACUCCUGGAUGCAACAUCUGGGUGUAUUGUGGUCGGGAGGAGGGUUGUGGCAGUACACAACCCCACAGGCCGAAGGGCGAGUGCUGGCUGAAACACAAUACGUUGUCGUACAUCAUGUCAAAUUAUGGGGAGGGACAUUCAGGCAUUACUUGGACCGCGGGGUCGCUGUACAGCGACGCGGAGUAUGCGGAAUACCUGAAGCAGCGCGAGGCGGACCUCCAGGCGGAGGCUGAGCGGCUGGCGAAGCUGAAAAAUGACCCGGAGCUCCCGUUGGUGUGGAUGGACGUGUCGCUCAACGGUACUCGGUUGGGUCGUAUCGAGAUGGUUCUGUUCGUGAAGGACGCCCCCAGGGCUGCGGAGAACUUCCGGCUGCUGUGCACGGGUGAGCUUGGGCCAACUUCCGGUUUGAAUAAGUACCAUUUCGCGGGCAGCUACUUUUACCGGAUUAUCGACCGCUUCAUCGACCAGACGGGCGCGCAGGCGGACGGCAUCUUUGGGGGGAAUUUCCACGACGACCCGGGGGGUCUCAAGCUAAAACACACACACAAGGGUCUGCUGUCCAUGGCGAAUGGCGGUCCCAACACUAAUGGCGGCCAUUUCUCGAUGGUGAUGGGCCCAGCGCACCACCUGGACGGCAGCUACACCAUAUUUGGGGAGAUCGUCUCGGGCAUUGAGCACGCCGAGGCCAUUAAUACUCUUGCCAAGGGUCAGCCCAACAGCGAGCUGCUCCAAAGCAAGUUGGCACAGAUUGUGGCGGCGGGUCAGAUCCGGCCCGGCAGUGUGGUGAGCACCCCGGAGUUCAGGGCGAUCAUUGAGGCGGAGAAAAGGAGGGUGGAGUGGAGGAGGGGCCACUCCAUGGCGGAGUUGACACGGUUGCGCAAAUUGUCUGAAGAUCAGUCCCUACCAAUGGUGUACCUGGAUGUGGCCAUCAAGGGAGUGUACGCGGGUCGUAUCGAGAUGGUUCUGUUCGUGAAGGACGCCCCCAGGGCUGCGGAGAACUUCCGGCUGCUGUGCACGGGAGAGGCUGGCGUGGCACCCCCCGGGCACGAAGGAGCCGGCCUGCCGUACCAAUUCAAGGGCGCCUACUUUUACCGGAUCAUAGACUCGUUCAUCGACCAGACGGGAGUGAACACCGACUCGCCACUGGGGGGGUACUUCCAAGAUGACGCGGGGGGUUUGGCCAUCAACCAUACACACAUGGGUCUGUUAUCUAUGGCCAACAUAGGGCCCAAUACCAACGGGGCGCACUUCUCCAUUAUCAUGGCCCCAGCGCACCACCUGGACGGGCACUACACCAUAUUUGGGGAGGUCGUGGAUGGGCACAAUGUGGCGUAUGAGAUCAACGCCCUGGCGAAGGGGCAGCCCAACAAUGAGCACUCGGGCAGCAAAGACGCCCAGAUCAUCGAUAGCGGGGAGAUUCGGCGAGGGACUUACUGGGCGAGUGAAGCUUUCCAGUCCGUUAUCGCGACGGAGAAGAAGCGGAUCAGCGAUCAGCGGCAAACCAAAUGAUCCGUCGCUGGAUAAUUACUGGAAUUUCGAGACAGACAGAUACCGGACUUGCAAAGUAUCCAGCGGCAGACAUCGUGUUUAAGAGUGUUACCGAGUGGGUGGCUCCUGGGCCAUAUGUAUGUAUGUAUGCAUGUAUGUGAGGUAUGUAAGUGUAUGUAUGUCGACGUCCGUUAGAGCGGGAGCCGGGGGCAUUGGAACCCUUAACAUGUAAACAGUAGAGCAUC